GUUUUGGUGGCUACAGACGUAACUGUCGAAUAGCGUAAAACCCCUGAAAGGAAGAUGGAUAUAAUUUGUUCACCAACUAUCAAACACAAAAUCACAAUUUAUAAGAUAGGUCACUGACGGGCCAUGUCAUUAUGUUAUUGUAAUACUUUGCAAGUUUUCGAUCAGCAAGUCUCAUUUCCUCUUGAGAGGUCUGAUGGGCACACAUAACAUACUGCUCAGAUACAUUUCAUCUUCUGUCGAUGUAGCUGUAUCCAGUUGGAAAUGUGAACGUCGUGAAAAUGUGAAAAAUGUUGCAAAAGUUCUUGUUUAAACACAAAGUAUUUGUGUUCUUCACAGGGAGAUUUCAUCAGUCCAAAAAGAAUGGUGGUGCCCAACCUUUUCUCCCCUGAGGGCUGAAAUGGACAUGAUAUAAAAUCUCAUGGGCCAGAACAUGGUGGAGGUUUUCUCCGGGUAUCAUCUUACAGAAGACUAACUUCAUAACUAAUACUGAACAAGCUGAUUCCAGCAAGGACAUAUCGCCAGCCAUGCUGCCAAAAAUAUCAUUGACACAUUAUAGGCAUUUUCAAGGAUUCGUGAGUGUGCUGUAUUGGAAAACUUCAUGCAGGACAGAGAAAUUUUGGGGCCGACACUCACUGUUCUUUAAAAAUUGCAUUAUAAAGAGACAUUUUGCUGCAGAGUCAGCAGCAGAAAAUAAUGUCAAUUUCAAAAGUAAUUCGCCGUUUUCAGUUCAAAUUCCACAGAACUCUUCAUAUGUGCUAGAUAGUGAACUAGCUGACCAGAUUGUCACAGCUCUACGUAAAAACCAGGCAGACCCAAAUGUUCCUGUGCUAGAAUCUAAUCCAGGAAUUGGUCUGGUCACUCGUAAAUUAGUGCAAGCAGGAGUUAAGCGUGUUCUUGCUGUUGAAGCUAUUGAAGAGUUUCUUCCUUCUAUGCUGAAGCUGCAAGGAGAGCUAGAUCAUAAAGUACUUACCGUGUUUCACUGGGAUUAUACUUUGGUCUGGUUACGUGUUGUAGAGGCCAACUCCAUAUACCAGCAACAUGAAGACGCUGUGAUUGCUUAUAUUCCUCCCAAAAAAAGUAGUGAUGGUCCUCCGUUAACUGUGUUCACAGUUUUACCUGAAAAUAAGGAGGCGAUGUUCCUGCUUUAUCUUAUUAUGUCCUUCUCAGGACAAAGCGGAUUUUUUACCUUAGGUCAUCCGGAAUGGUUCUUAGUUAUCUCUCCUACUUUGUACAGGAAACUCCUACUGUGCAAAAUGGAGAAAGAUCGCCCUUUAGCUCAUUAUUCACCUUUUGCAAUGUGUUUGGAAGUGCUUUUUGACAUUCAUCUUUGUUCUGAGUUGCCUGGUUGGAAAUUUACACCAAACUUUAAAACGAAGAAAUUCAAAGAUGAAAAUUUGGUAGCAGGUGUAUCCUCUGACAUGAGAUACCUCAUACGGCUGACUCCACACAGCAACGUAUACGAUAUUAUUGCGCUAUCUGAGGUGGAAACUUUUCUCAAUUUCUUACGGCAGAUGAUGUCCAAGAGGACGCAACGCUUGAUAAUCAGAAUGGAAGAGCUUGUGCCAAACUGUGGAAUUCGCCUCAUUGCAGCAGGUCACACAAUGAUCGAACAGACAGGAGAUCUGAGUCCUUAUAAUUUUCUGCAGAUUUUCAAGGAAAUGAAGACUUGGCCAGAAUAUGAUGGAUCUCCAAUGAAGCACCACUUGUUCGACAGUGCUGGCCACCUAUUUGAUGAUGACCCAGAUCUAAAAUCUUAGAUGUGAUUCACAGCUGUGCCAUGACUGCAUAUGAGCUUGGUUAUUUGGACUCAAAGUAAACUGCUGUAAAUAUUAAAUAUUUAAGUAAAUGCAGUGAUUAGGUAAGAUUAUCAUAAGUUUUGUCUUAAAACUGAAAGCUUGGAUAAACAAGGCACAUAUUAGGUGGUGCAGCUUGGCAUCUAGGCUCAAUGACCCCCAUUCUUGAAAUAUCUGUAUUGCACCAUGGUUUACUGUUUGAUCGUAAUUUAAAAACAGAACUGACCAUACCACUGAAAAUGGCUUUCAAUUUUCAGUCAGUAGCAGGAAACUAGAAGAGGGAGAUAACUAUUAUCUCACCAAAAUGAUUUUUGUUUCUUGAACUAUUAAUGUCUGCCUUGUGGUUUCACACAAAGACUUUGGCAGAACUGUCCAUUACUAAGUCUAAUGCGUUAAAAAAAGAAAUGCAUUCCUUUUCACAAAAACGGAUGUCAUUUGGAAAUUUCCUGUGUGAAUGCAUGCUUAAUUUGUUUUGUUAGAAGUGUGGGAAACAUGUACAAACCCUUGUUAUAAACUGAGUUAAGUCAAAAACAACUGAGAAUUAGAGACUGAAGAUGUACGCAAACUAGAUGAAAAGUAUACAUAAUAGUACUCAAUAUGGAUAUGAUUAUAAGACCUAGGUGUUUGUGUGUGAUCAUGCACAUAUACAUUUUGCCAUAAAAAGUGGUUUGACUCGUUAGAAGCAUGCAGUUCACAGCGCAUACAUACCCACAAGCAAGGCUCAUUCGUAAUGGAUUUUCCCCAUUUGAAUCGUUGGCCCUCCCCAACUCCUCCUCAAAAGAAGUCAAUGAAAAAUCCCAGUAACGAAUUUGGUCAUCUUUGUACUGUCAAGAUCAGAAGAAUCCAAACGUGUGAUAAGAGUGCUCACACCAUAGCUGCACAUAAAGAUAGUGUGAUUUAAAUGGUCAUCUACUGCGGCAGGUCAUAAUCCUAUUACUCCACAAUAAAUAUGUUGUACUGUUAGGUAAGUUUUUCACAUUUGCCAAACUUGUAGGUCACGUUUUUCAUAGCAACAUAAGCACACCAUGUGAUAAAAUGCUUGUAAUUGAACACAAAUGAAGGGUGGAUCUGAAGGUAUUUGACAGCAUGAUUUACAGUGCGCAUAGUGACUGUGAAAAUAGAACCAUACAAUAUAUUUGUGACGGGUAUAAAAACAAUGGGAUCCCUUGAGUACUCAUCCAUAAUGGUAUUCCAGCAAGACUGAAUGGCACAUGCAAUAUGGCAGAUUGAUAGAAUGGGAUUUAUAUAUCCAUGAAAGGCACGGCCAUAACUUGCUGGAAUAUUCUAAGACAACUAAAAUUUGAGAAAUUGUAUUGCCCAAAGGCAACAGCAAAACGAUAUCGGUAAUAUGUGCGGUUGAGAGCUUAAAAGAAGUCUCCGAAAUUAAAAGAGACUCUAAUAAGAGAGAGGACUACGUGAUACGAAAGGAUUUAUUUUCACUUCUGCAGAUUGACCGGUGGUUGUAAAAGCUGUCAGGUGUGAUGUAACAAAUAAAGUACUUGCUAAUGUG